CAUCUCCGCCCCGAGGAUGCAUUCUAUCACUCCCCGCCGCGCCAAGGAUCCAUCGGUCGCAGCGAUACUGUGACUGCUCGCAAUGCCACUUCAAGGACGAGAAGCAGCCGUGAAAAGCGCAGAGGGAGGAGUAGCUCUCGUAGGCGAGCUCAGCAGACGCCGAAAGGACUGAACGGGAAUGGGCAGUGGAAGAAACUCCUAUGGAUCAAAUCACCAUAUCCUGACAACUAUACCGACGAGGAGACCUUCCUGUCUCAUCUGCAGAGGAAUCCAAGACUGAGGCCCUAUGAGUUUUGGCCUUUGGUCGCGGACAGCACCAUCAUAGUGCAGCAUGUAUGCUCGGUUGUGAUAUUCGUGGCUUGCUUCGUUGGCAUUUUCCAGGAUCGAAUCAAGCCGGAGAGUGUUGUUGGCUGGGCGAGCGGAUGCACGGUCGCUGGAUGGAUCUUUAGAGAUUGGUGGCAGACAGCCGAUGACAACACAUCUUCAGGAGGCAGCGCAACAGCUGAUCUGGGCGCAGACUUUGGCAUGCCGUUCAAAGAGCCGGUGACUACGCUUUCCCCCACUCCGACCACUGCUCAAAGUCGCGCUCAUUCUCGUGAGCCGUCCACAGCGUCUACAGCAGCUUCACCAACGACUUCUUCCCAAAACGACUCGCCAACUACCAUUCCAUCCAAUUUGCCCUCCUACUUGCCACCAUACGAUCCGUCCUCGACCAAGUCGAUAUACCUUUCGCCUCGAAUGCAAGAACGUCUGACUACAGCCAAAUCCGCAAUCCUGAUUUAUUGCUCAUUGCUCGGCCUGUCUCCCAUCCUCAAGUCUUUGACACUCUCCACUUCCUCGGACUCAAUCUGGGCUUUGUCCUCUUGGUUGCUGAUCCUCAACAUUUUCACAUUCGAUUACGGUGCGGGACCAUCUGCUAAAUUCCCAGCCUCUCUGUCUACGAAUGCGGCCUUGAUGGCCAGUACUGUCCUUGCAUCCCGACUCCCAUCCACGACGCACGUCUUCAGCUUGACACUCUUCAGUAUCGAAGUAUUCGGUCUCUUUCCAGUUUUCAGAAGACAUCUAAAACAUUACAGCUGGACCGGGCACGUUUACUUGACGAUAUUGCUCGUACUCGUAGCAAGUGGUGGAUUGAGCAUGUGCAUUAGUGGAGGUGGCUGGGGCUAUGCUGUGCUGGGCGUUGUGUUGGGCGGCAUUGCGACUUGUUUGAGUAUGGGCAUGACGAGCUGGUGGUUGAUUGGCCUGCAGAGGUACAAGAAUGAGAUUCAUGGACCUUGGGAUCCUGCCAGGCCCGUCAUUAGGAGGCAGUGG